AUGACUCCUCAGAGAAACAAGUGCAGAGAAACGCAACAACCCUGUCCACAACACGACCCAAACAUGCAGCCCUCUUCUUCUUCUUCGGCCUCUUCGUCUUUAGCGUAUCCACCGGGUUAUAGGUUUGUACCUACCGACGCAGAACUCAUAUAUUAUUACUUGAAACCCUUCUCACGAGACAAAAACAAAUCAUGCCCAAAUUUUCCCAUUCAUCACGCCAACAUCUACGAAUCGAAUCCACAACAACUUACAGCGGAAUACAAGAAGGGUAAUCUUACGGAAUGGUUCUUUAUAUCCGAGAGGACAAAGAUUAAAAGAAAUGGCACGAAACAAAAACGUGGUGAUCAUAAUGGAGGAUACUGGCAUGCAAAAGCAGCUACCAAGACGAUUAAAGCUAAAAAACAAGGCAUAGUUGGCUACAAAACAACACUGAAUUACUACGUUGGGAAACAACCAAACGGAGUAAGGACGAACUGGUUAAUGAAAGAAUACUGGCUUGAGUCUUCUGACCAUAACAAUACGGUGGAUUAUGCUAUAUGUAAGAUUUAUCUGAAACCAACAGCAAAAGGGAACAUGGAAGAAGAAGACGUUGAGGAUUUAGAAGAGGAGUUUGUGCAGCCAAGUAAUGUUGAGUAUCAGCAACCGCAACCGCAGUUUAGGCAACCCGAACUGGAUUCACAUCAACCGCAACGUCAUGAUAUUGCGUAUCAAGAACCGCUCCAACCACAGCCUCUUAAUACUAUCUACCAUCAUCAAUCUCAUAAUACUGAGUCAGAGUUUGAAGAACUGCACCAACCACAGCCUCUUAAUACUAUCCAUCAUCAUCAUCAACAGCAACGUCAUGGUAGUGCCUAUCAAGAACCGCACCAACCACAUCCUCUUGAUAGUAUCAUCCCUCAUCAAUCACAACGUCAUGGAAUUGCAAAUCAAGAACCGCACCAACCACAGCCUCUUGUUACUACAGAUCAUCAUCGACCGCAACUUCAUGAUAUUGCCUAUCAAGAGCCGGACCAGUCACAGUCACUUGAUAUUAUCGUUCAUCAUCAAUCGCAUCAGGUGCAGUUGUGGCAAGCAACACUUGGGUCACAUCAAACGCAGCCUCAUGAUAUUGCGUAUUAUGAACCGCACCAACCGCAUCCUAUUGAUACAGUUCAGAAUCAGCUCCCACGGUUUUGGCCAACCCCUUUGGAUUCAUAUCCACCGCAUUGUCAUGAUAUUCAGUACCCACAACCGCAGCCUCUUGAUGUUACUGAGUAUCAAUUCCUGUGGAUCAUGAUGCUCUCAAGAGUCAUUUGA